CUCGGAUGUCGCGUUACUUUUCAGCGCUUGAGUUGGUGACGCGUCCUUCGAACCUUCCUUCAACUUGUUCUUUACCAUGGCCGACGAUAUUGUCUUACCGAUUCCCAAUCUUUCAGCCGCUCAAAACCUCUUCAUCCUUUCAAAUCCUUCAUUGAGCCGCUUACACGAUGAAGCUCGUGAAUCUGCUCUCAAAGCAAUCAAGGACGACCAAAUGGCUCCAUACUACCAACUUGCAACUUCUUCGUCUAAACCACUGCUCCCCCUGGAUUCGGAUCUUCUUUCUUCUAUGCAAGAAGCAAACACCGCUACACUGAAAUCACUUGACGAGACUCUUGAGUCCGCAACAGCAACUGAAGGAGAAUCAGAGAUCUCCGACGCUCUCAAAGCUCGUGCAAACUUUCUGACCCGUAUCGGAGAGAAGGACAAAGCUAUUGAAGCCCAGAAACUUGCUCUAGAAAAGACGCCAGGUCUGGGAAGCAGGAUUGAUAUUGUUUUGACCCUCGUUAGAAUUGGGUACUUUUGGAAUGACGAACCAUUGAUAGUGUGGGGUUUGGACAACGCAGAAAAGUUGAUUGAGGAAGGUGGCGACUGGGAUCGAAGGAACCGUUUGAAGGUGUACCAAGGACAACACCUCAUUUCCAACCGGCAAUUUAAGCGGGGCGGUGAGCUCCUCUUGGAUGCUCUUUCCACCUUUACCGCUUCCGAACUCAUCAGCUACAACGAAUUCAUUUCGCUGACUGCUGUCGCUGGUGCUCUGACUUUAGGCAGAGUGGAUUUGAAGAAGAAGCUCAUCAAUUCACCAGAGGUGAACCAAACACUGCCCGAACUCCCUGUCCUCGGUGAUCUGGUCAAAAACCUCUACGAAUGUCAUUACGAUAAGUUCUUCCAUGCUCUAGCUCGUGUAGAACAAGAAAUCCUCCUUCCUUCUCGUAUUCUGUCUCCCCACGCGCGCUUCUAUGUGCGUGAAAUGCGUAUCCUUGCAUAUGCACAGCUUCUGGAGAGUUAUCGAAGUCUGACCCUGGAGAGUUUGGGGCAGGCCUUUGGUGUCAGCGUAGACUUUGUUGAUAGUGAACUGUCACGGUUCAUUUCAACAGGACGUAUACAUGCUUCAAUAGACAGAGUACACGGUGUUGUUGAAACAACCAAAACGUCGGAAGUUUGGGGUAAAAAGACGCUGCAGUUUGAGCAGGUUAUACGCCAGGGUGAUAUCUUACUCAAUGAAGUCCAGCGGUUGAGCAAAGUCCUGUAUUAGUCAAUUAAUACAGCCUGCAAUGAAUGCAAUGAUAUAGCAGACCCUGCUAAUAAGUACAGUACGUAUAUACCUGAAUUAUAUAGAUAUAUGAUCAUCAGCUCGUUCCAUGAACAUGGAUGGAUAAAAUAAUGAAGUCGUAGGGGA